AAUGAAUCUCUCUGGGGGCUUAGGGCGUGGCGAAGCGUGCCUCGCCGCGGCGGAGCCAAGCCGGCUGGCGACGUUUUGGGCCGACGCUUUUUGUCUUGGUGGUGCGAGCUUAACCGGCCCGCCUCGAGCGGCGGCAGGCGGGGGCCAGCAAAUGCCCGACGUCCAUCCUUCGAUUUUCUGGCGGCUGCAGUGUGAAGCUGCCGCAGAAUUUUGGCGCAAGCAUUGGGCAAGCACACGCCCGGCGAGGUGGCCCGGUUGCGUCCGAAAUCUGUCGGGGUCCGCCACUGCCUUCAGCCUAUGUCUAUGUUGCCAACGAACAGGCUGAAGCGAAUUACUCACCCGGCCAACCAGGCGGAAGCGAAUUAUUUAUCCGGAGGCGGCAUGGGAAACGCAUCGGCUCCGUCUAAUAUUCGCCCGGCGGAGCUCAUCCAUAUUUAUUCAGUUGGGGUGGGCCGAACGAUUCGCCUGCUUCGCGCGCGGGCGCGUGGUUAGUUUGUGCAGCGCGAAUUCCGCGCGUGGUUGAUGUGGUUGGCUACGACGGCGUGGCGGCCCAAUAUCCGCACAGCGUGGCCUUUGCGGAAGCAAUCCACCCAACUCAGGGAAGAACGGCGAAGAGGUUGGCCCUGCUCGUGCGCCAUAUUCUUCGGGCAUGGGGUGGCCUACGUCGUGCGCGCCGCAUAUUUCGCCUGCGCUUAGCAAGGCCGGCGGGCGGGCCUUCACCGCAUAACGCCGGCCGCAGGGAAUGCCGCCGCUGGCUGCUCCGGCUCCACGCUAUUGAAUUGAACGCGCGAAGCCCCCGCCUGGGCGCGCUUUUGUUGGCUGGGGCGACUAGGGCGGGAGCGUCGUGCCGGAAAGGGAAACGCGAGGGCGGGCCUACGCGUCAGGCUUGUGGCGAUCACCGGGCAGAAUACCCAGCGAGUGGAGUUUUACACAGGCGGCGCGGCUUGUCGGGAAGCGCCUGCCAGACUUGGGAAGCAUUUUGCUUCCCGCCCGGGCUAUGGGCUUCGGGCGCUGGCAAGGGGGCCGCAUUGGUGGAGGCGGGCGCGAGUUGCGUUUUGCGCUUUG